AGUCUUCGUUGUUUCGAUCUCAGACGCGGAUCUCAAGAAUGAUUUCGAAUUCCUUCGGAUACGAUAACAGUCAAAUUUGUAAAUUUUACUUACAUAAUGAAUCAUCUCGUUUAGAAAACCCGUGAUGAUUGCGUGAAAUGGAAGAAUCGUAAACCGCAGUUAUAAUCCAAUUAACAAGAGGAUAUUUCCCGCUUGUACUUCAAUAAUAUAUCUAGCAGGAAGCUGUUCGUGAUUAAUUCGUUUCUUUAGUUUAAUUACUUCCAGAAUUUUGUUGAGUGACAGCGACGAUAUGCAGUCAAUACUGUUAAUAUUAAUAUUUUCAGUUAUUUUUGAUGGAUUUUUUGUCAUUGCAAAUAUCACAAUGUGCUUGAAUAAUUUAUCCGUGAAUAUUACGAAAGGAGUCGAAGACGGUAUUACGAUGGAUGGGGUUCGGUACGAAGACGAAAAUUAUCUAAAAAUUGAGAACGAAACUUUGAGUUGUGUUUGUAACAUUAAAAUGUGUAUUCGAAAGUGUUGUAACGAGAAUGAAAGUAUGUUUCACAAGUGCGAAUUAACUCGUAACAAUCGAUUGAAUAUUUCUUUUUAUGAUAUAACUGUGAAGAAUGACAGCGUGCACUUACGGGAUUUUCACAUGGUGUACGGAUACAAGUGUCCGGCGGGGUUUAUUGCUGCAAGGAGUUUGGGAAAUAUUUACGUGCAAACUAACGGAUCUCUUUUUUAUACUGAAGAAAAUUAUCAACAUCUUUACGAUAUUCAAAAUUACUGUAUCGAUGAUUUUAAUGGAUCGACUUCCGCUUUAUUAUGUGAACCUGAUGUAGUUGUUAAAACAAAGUAUUAUGUUAAAGUUAAUGGAAUGAUAAUAUCGAUGCCUUUUCUUCUGGCCACGUUCCUGGUGUACCUGAUUUUACCUGAAAGAAACUUACAUAGAAAAGCCUUGAUGUCUUACGUAUUCACCUUACUGGCUGCGUAUAUUACUUUGGUUACCAUUCAAAUGUAUCCGUAUCAAUUCAAACCUGUGCCAUGUCAAAUUUUGGGAUAUUGUAUCAUAUUUUUCUUCCUGGUGUCCUUCUUUUGGAUGAAUGUUAUGUGCAUAGACAUGUGGCUAGCUUUCAGUGGAAUGCGAACAGUGAUGUCAAAGAAAUAUGCUGAAAGAAAAAGAUUCAUUAUUUAUUGUAUUUACGCUUGGGGUACGCCCAUAAUCCACGUGGGAAUAGUUUUAUUAUUGAAUACACAUUCACCCCCAGACGCCGACUAUUAUCCAAAGAUUGGGGACCCCAGAUGCUUUUUAGGAGACGGAAUGCCGACGUUCUAUUAUUUUUAUCUACCGAUGGCCAUCAUCAUCGGCAUUAACAUUGUUUUCUUCAUUUUGACCACCGUACGAAUUCAACAAAUUAAAAAAGAAACAUCGAUGCUGAAACAAACAGAAAGCAAAAAAUCAUACGAAGAUGAUAAACAAAAGUUUAACCUGUACUUAAAACUGAUGUUUGCAAUGGGUAUCAAUUGGAUUAUGGAGUUAAUAUCAUGGACAGUCGAGAAAUUGUUACGUGACACUCCUACGUUUAUUUGGUAUUUGUCUGACUUUACUAAUGCCAUGUACGGAGUUCUUAUUUUCGUUAUAUUUGUCUUUAAAAAGAAGAUUUGGCAAUCGUUGAAGAAGAGAUACUAUGUAUUUAUUGGUAAACCGCAUCUUGCCCACUCUUUUACUACGUCAUCAGCUCGCGGUACCCGGGCAAGUAAUUAUUCGACUACUGAUACCGCCGUCAGUACUGAUUACCGUCUCAAUGAUAUGAAGAGGAUCCCAGAAGAGUCAGCACUUAACAGAACUUGAAGCUGAAAAAUAUGUUUGUUCUAUGUGCCAUUUAUGUUCCGGAGCUAUAUUGCACCAAAGAUAAUAAUAGUUGUAACUUUAGUAAAUAGGUAAACACAAUUUUGGUUUCAAUUAUUAUCCUAUAUAACAACUAGAAUAAAAUUUACACUACAAAUGAAAUAAAUUGAGUAUCUACACAAAAUUUGGUUGGAAAAACGGCAUAAAAUUGGAGUACGAAAAGAUAUAAAUAAAUAAUUAGUGCGGAAAGAAAAUCGAAAUAAAUUGCUUGUUGAUCAAAUUUUUUGCUUAAAUAUUAUAAGUUUUAUUGAAACGAAAUAAAUUAUUGUUAAUAAAA